AUGGAUAUUCGCGUACUUCGAUCAGACGACAUUCCUCAUGUCCAACAAACCAACAUCACCAACCUCCCCGAAAACUACUUUUGCAAAUACUACAUGUACCAUGCCAUGAGCUGGCCGCAACUCAGCUAUGUCGCCGUCGAUGUAUCGCGCCCGCAAAAGACACCCUACGACCCACCCAAGAUUGUCGGCUACGUUCUCGCAAAGAUGGAGGAGGAGCCCAGCGAUGGAAUUCAGCAUGGUCACAUUACCUCGCUCAGUGUCAUGCGCACGCAUAGAAGACUAGGGCUUGCAGAGAAGCUGAUGAGACAAAAACGAGCAAUGGCAGAAACCUACGGCGCCAAGUACGUCUCAUUACACGUCCGUGUUUCCAACAAGGCUGCUCUCGCCCUCUACCGCGAUACCCUGGGCUUCAAGGUCGACGGCACGGAAGCCAAGUACUACGCCGACGGCGAAGACGCCUAUGGCAUGAAGAUGAACCUCGACCACCUGAAGCCCAAACCCGGUGACUGGGACGACGAAGAUUUCAAGCCAGAGGAGACCAGUGGUGACGCCGACGAAGGCGAUGCAGUCGGUUCAUUGGGGAAGAACAAGGAGGAGCAAGAGUUGUUGAAGAAGGUCAAGGUUGGCCGUGGGCUUGGUGUUGGGGAGCUGGUGGAGAAGAACGAAUCUGCAUGA